AUGAAUGAUUUAUAUAUAUGGGAAGAAAUUGGACUUUAAAAGAAGGACUUGAAAUUAAAAAAAACCUAUUUACAAAUCCAAUUUAAUCAAAAAAAUAAGAAAGUUAAAUAUAUAAAAAAUGGAGAAAUAUUAAGAUAGUACAUAGAUGAAAAUGUUGGAGAAUAAUAAAAUAAAUUAAGUUUAAAACAUAAUAACAUUAUAAAUUUGGAACACCUUAAAUAUUUAACUUGGAAGUGCUAAUUAAAGAAUGAUGAAAGGGAAUUACAUAUUGCAUAUUGGGAUGGACGUCCAUUAAUAGUUGGAGGUUUUUAUAAUUAAAUUGGUUAAAAAAUAGAAAAAUGGAUUGAAUUAUCAGAUUAUUUUUGGGAGUAUAUAAGACAAAUAUUAUAGCCGUUGUGAAAUCAUCCAUUAAGGAUAUUAUAAAGAUGGAAUAAAAUUUGGUUAAUGGGAUACAAUUUUAAAAAAACAAAUUAUGUAAGAGUUAUUAGAAUAAUUAGUGGAGGAGGCUUUUUUGAUGAAUUUGGAAAAAAAUAAGGAAAAUGGAUUGAAUUGCAUCAAAAUUUCCAAAAGUAUUUAAAAAAAAAUAUUAAAGUGAAUCAGAAGUUAAGCUUAUAGGAGAAUAUAAAGAUGGUAAAGAAUUAGGAAGAUGGGAUAUAAUAUUCAAGAAUAAAAUUAUGUAAAUUUUAUUACUUAAAUAAAUUAGAGGAGGGGGAUAAUACGAUAAUGAUGGAUUAAAAGUUGGAUAUUGGAUAGAAUUACAUGAGAACUUUUAUGAGUAUUAAUUUUAUUAUACCAAAGAUAUUGCUAAGUUUUUUACAAGGGAGAAUAUGUUAAUGGUAUAAAGAAUGGAAAGUGGGACUCAUAUGACAAAAAGAAAUUAAUGUAUUAUAGAAGAUAUUAAUAUUAGUGGAGGGGGAUUUUUUAACCAGAAUGGAUAGAAGGAUGGAAAGUGGAUUGAAUUGCAUGAUGAUUAUUGGCAGUAAAGAAUUGUACUAAAUUAUUUAGAUUUUGUUAAGUUACUUAUAUAGGAGAAUAUUCUAAUGGUAUUAAAUAAUCAUAAUGGAUAUCCAAAUAUUAUUUAAAAUAAUUGUAACAAUUAUAUUUUCAAAUUAGUGGAGGGGGACAGUAUGAUGAAUUUGGAUAGAAAUAAGGGAGGUGGAUUGAUUUACAUGAUAAUUUUCAUAAGUAUUUAAAUAUAAUCAAAAAUUUUAAGUGGAUGUUAAGUUACUUUAGUUGGAGAAUAUUAAAAUAAUAAAAAAUUGAGUUAAUGGGAUAUCAUGUAUAUGGAAUAAGGUAGCAAUGAAUUUAAAAAGAUGUAAAUUUUACAACUAUUGCUAAAGUGGUGGUGGCAUUUAUAUUGAAAACGAAACUAAGGUUGGAUUUUGGAUUGAGUUGCAUGAAUAUUUUUGUGAGUAAUUGAAAUGUAAUAUUUUUAGUACCUACUAAAUAAUAUAUUGUGGAGAAUAUAAAAAUGGAUGUAAAAAUGGGAAUUUUGAUAUGAAAUUUAAGAAACAAUAUGAAAAUGAAUAUAAAAAAAUGUAAUUAAUCAUAUUCUAUGAUAGAGGUGGAGGUACUUUUGAUGAAGAAGGAUUAAAAGAUGGGUUAUGGAUAGAAUUAUCCAAACAUUUUUGUUUGUAAUUAAAACUAAAUCAAUAUUUUCAAGCUAUUCAUUUGAUACUUGUAUAAAUUAAUAUAAAAAUGGAGUAAAAAUUAAAAUUGAUGAGAAAUAAUGA